AUGGAAAUAAAAGAACACAGCGGCCCCACCUAUUUAUAUUGUACAUUGUCUAAUCCGAUCAGCACUGUUUCAAAAAUAGAGGAUACGCUGCUUGUUUUCUUCUCUGCCAAUUCAUCUCUAGUAAUGACUACUGACUUUGCAAAAUGCAAUCCUAACAAUGUCGAUUCAUCGAACGACCUUCCUCCGGAAAUCGAUAACGAAAUUUUAGAAGCAGAUCUUGAGGAAAAACAACGUCUUAUAAGUCAGAUUUUGGAGCUACAACAUACACUUGAGGAUUUAUCCACACGGGUAGAUGCUGUGAAAGAAGAAAAUUUAAAAUUACGUUCUGAAAAUCAAAUUCUUGGCCAAUAUAUUGAAAAUAUGAUGGCAAAUUCAUCAGUUUUUCAAUCAACAUCACCACGUGUUGAUGAGAAUAGGUCACGUACAAAUAAAAGAGUUGGGAGAUGAUUAUAAGAAAAUGUGAUAUAUAUUACAUACAAUAAAGUUGGCUAGAAAUACUGAAGGUAAAGAUGGGGAUAAUUAAAUUCCUAAUACUUCAUUUGCCCUAAUUUUUUGGGACCUGAUAGUUCUGCGAAUUUCAGAGUUUUGAGAUCACAACAAUGAUAAUAAUAUUUGCAAUGUUGGAUUUAAGCUAUUUUCUCAUCUUCGAAUAUUUCUUUUCGUAACUUUUUAAGCUGAUAAUUUUUGUUGUCUUUCUACUGCGCUUACACUAAACAAAGCACUUGUAAUAAAAACCACGAUAAUAUUAGUUAUGUUAACAUGAAGGAUGGCUUUUCUGUUGUUUUUAACUUCUUAUUUUACUAUCUUGUGAUUUUCAUUUUAUUAGAUUGAUACGCUUUUAGUUUUACCUCUGCCUGAAGAAAUUACAUAUGCAUUUAUAUGUUAGCAAGUAAAGUGUCAGUGCUGUCUGCUUUUUUUUCAUGUAAACAAUAUUGUCAUAAUUUAGCCCAACGUAUCUUAUCAUCAAUAAGUGAGUUUUUCAGUAAAUCUAUUUGAUUUACUAUGUAGGAGAAUUUCUAGGUGACGGAACGUUUUUGGAACUUUAGUUUUUGUUAGUGUUGUAAUGUGAUGUGUCGAGUUUCAGCUAACCGUUAGUCAACAAACAAUCGGGUUAAGGCGCA